GGGAUGACUCACAGCCCAUCCCAUCUCCCCGAGGCCGCCCGCCCGCGCAGAGAUCGCUCCAUGGUUUAGCGGAGGAGGCGGUGGCGAGCGGGGGAGGGGGACUCUUAUUUUGUUAGGGGGACCGGGCCGAGGCCCGACCGGCCUGGCAGGGCUCGCCCGGGGCCGGGCGUCAUGUCUCAUGCGGCCGAGCCAGCUCGGGACGGCGUAGAGGCCAGCGCGGAGGGCCCUCGAGCCGUGUUCGUGCUGUUGGAGGAGCGCAGGCCGGCCGACUCGGCCCAGCUGCUCAGCCUGAACUCUUUGCUUCCGGAAUCCGGGAUUGUUGCUGACAUCGAAUUAGAAAACGUCCUUGAUCCUGACAGCUUCUACGAGCUCAAAAGCCAACCCCUAUCGCUACGCUCAAGCCUCCCAAUAUCACUGCAGGCCACACCAGCCACCCCAGCUACACUCUCUGCAUCAUCUUCUGCAGGGGGCUCCAGGACCCCUGCCAUGUCGUCAUCUUCUUCAUCGCGGGUCUUGCUGCGGCAGCAGCUAAUGCGGGCCCAGGCCCAGGAGCAGGAGAGGCGUGAGCGUCGGGAACAGGCUGCAGCCUCUCCCUUCCCUAGUCCUGCACCUGCCUCUCCUGCCAUCUCUGUGGUUGGCGUCUCUGCUGGGGGUCACACAUUGGGUCGUCCUCCCCCUGCUCAGGUGCCCAGGGAGGUGCUCAAGGUGCAGACCCAUCUGGAGAACCCGACUCGCUACCACCUGCAGCAGGCGCGCCGGCAGCAGGUGAAGCAGUACCUGUCCACCACACUUGGGCCCAAGCUGGCGUCCCAGGCCCUCACCCCACCACCGGGGGCUGCCAGUGCCCAGCCGCUCCCCGCCCCUGAGGCUGCCCACGGUACGGGCCCCACUGGCAGUGCUCCCAACAGCCCCAUGGCGCUGCUCACCAUCGGGUCUAGCUCAGAGAAGGAGAUUGAUGAUGUCAUUGAUGAGAUCAUCAGCCUGGAGUCCAGUUACAACGAUGAGAUGCUCAGCUAUCUGCCUGGAGGCACCACGGGGCUGCAGCUUCCCAGCACGCUGCCUGUGUCAGGGAAUCUGCUUGAUGUGUACAGUACACAGGGCGUGGCCACGCCAGCCAUCACUGUCAGCAACUCCUGUCCAGCUGAGCUGCCGAAUAUCAAACGGGAGAUCUCUGAGACAGAGGCCAAGGCCCUUUUGAAGGAACGGCAGAAGAAAGACAAUCACAACCUGAUUGAACGUCGCAGGCGAUUCAACAUUAACGACAGGAUCAAGGAGUUGGGCACCCUCAUCCCCAAGUCCAGUGACCCGGAGAUGCGCUGGAACAAGGGCACCAUCCUGAAAGCCUCUGUGGAUUACAUCCGCAAGUUGCAGAAGGAGCAACAGCGCUCCAAAGACCUGGAGAGCCGGCAGCGAUCCCUGGAGCAAGCCAACCGCAGCCUGCAGCUCCGAAUUCAGUAUCCCCCGCAGUCUCCAAGGCCAGCAGUCGCCGCAGCAGCUUCAGCAUGGAGGAGGAGUCCUGAUCAGGCCUCACCCCUCCCCUGGGACUUCCCCACCCAGGAAAGGAGGACAUGUCAGGGUGAGGCCCCGCCUUUUCCCCCACCUUUUCAUGAGACUGCCCUGCCCAGGUGUACUGGGGGAAGAGGAGACUGAUGAGGCCCCACCCCUAUAACCCGGCAAGGAGGAGGAGUCAGAUUAGACCCCACCCCUUCCCCCCCGCAGGACAGGCCAAUGCAGGUAUUUCAGACAUGGAGAAGGUAGGGACAUCAGGGCCUGUCUCUUGCAGAACGCAGCCUCACCCCUGCCCCGUGGGACCCGCCCUUGCCCAGGUGAGGAAAGGAGACAGGAUGAGGUCAGCCCCUGGCCCCUAGGGACUGUCCUAGCCAUGUUUCCUGGGAUAAAGAGUGUCAGGAUACUGCUCCAUCCCCUCUCUUGGAACCAACAGUCUAGUCUAUCCUGGCAAGGAAGAGGAGUCAAAAUGGAGGUCCCACCCUGGGGGUUUAAGCCCUGCCCCUUCCCCGUGAACCCUGCCCUGUGCAGGCAAGGAACAGAAGUGAGGAUGAGAGCCAACCCCUUUACCUGGGAACUCAGUCCUGGCCUUCCAGCAAUGGAGGAGUCAGACCCCACCCUUUCCCUAUAGGAACAGCCCUGGCACAGGUAUUUCAGUCGUGGAGGAGUCAGUAAGAUCAGGCAACUUUGUGGAGAUCACAGCCCUCGUCUCUUAGCAACAUCCCAUCCAAUCAUUCCACACUGCAGGGAGGAGUGGUACUUGAGCUCCCCUGCCUUAACCUGGGACCAUUGUGACUUAACCUAGGAGGGCUCUAAGCUGACCUGACCCUCGAAGAAGGGGACAUAUCUUGAAAUCUUGUGGGUUGACAUUCCAGACCUAGAUCAGGAGUGAGUGAGAGACCCCCACACUUGGGCAGAGUUUUACCUCCUUCCUUGAAGGGUAAAUUGGGGAGGUGAUGGGGAUAAGAGGGUACUGGGUCCAUGUUCCCAGAACCAGCACCCCAGUACUCUUUUUCAACAUGUAGAAGAACAAGAUGAAGGAAGGGGCCUUUCCAGGGAGUUCCCCAGCCCAAGAACAAGUGGAAGCCUGUCUCACCAAGGCAGAGGCUUAGGGGGAGGAUUGCAAAAACAUAAAUACCCCCUCUUUAUCUGAUUUUUUUUACUGACCCCCUACUCAGAAGCUAGGUCACCCCCAACCUCUGGCCUCUACCUAGUUCUCCAUUUGGAGAAAUCUUCCCCAUUUCAGAGUUAUCAAGAGACACUCCCUGCCCAUCCCCAUCCCUCCUACCCCAUACACCCAAGGUUGUCAGCUUUGGAUUGUUGGGGCCGAGCCCCGAGGAGGGUGUACUAAGGGGUCUGUAGGUUUGUGAUUAAAAUAAUAAAUGCUAGGCGUGUUUGAUGCGCUUUUAACU